AUGGGAAAUAAUAAGGAUAUAAUAAGUGUAGUAAAAUAUAUAAAUAGUUUUGGAAGAAAAAAAAAACGAUAUAAACAUUUAAUUAUAGGAUAUGAUAAAAACAAUAGUUCAUUUGAAAUUCAAAAUGAUUGCAGACAUAAAUAUUUUAAAUCUAUUCAAGAACAUAAAAAAUGUUCAAAAUUAAUAACAGAGCUAAAUAAAAAAUUGGAUAGCCAUUUAACUAAUGAUAAAUGUUAUAAAAUAUUACAAACCAUUAAAAAAUCAUUAUAUUUGAAUCCUAUAAAUAUAACAAGUUUAUUUAAUUUAGUUUAUUUUUAUAAUAAAAUAAUAAAAAAUUAUAAAAUUUCAUAUAUAUAUUCAUUAAUUUUUCACACAUUAUUAAUGAAAAUUUUAAGGAAAUUUUUUUAUAAAGUGAAAUAUAAAGAAAUAGCUAAAGAGAGAAAAAUAAAUAAUGAUUUUUUUUUUAGAUAUAUAUUUUACAUUGCUCAAAAAAAUGAUAUAAAAUGCCAAAUUUCUAACACAUUAAUAAAAAGGUUAUUAAAUAAAUGGGAAAAUAUUCCAUAUAUAAAUUGUAAAGUUACAUAUUUAUUAUUAUUAGAAAAUUUAUAUAUAUUAUAUUUAAAUAAUUAUAAAAUAUUUUUUAUGAACAAUGUAAUAAAUUAUGCUAAUCUUAUGAUAAAAUUAUUAAAAUUAAAUAAAAUUCAAAAUUAUAUGAAAAAAAACUUUUUUUUUUUACAUGCCAAUCUGUACAUAACAAAAGCUAGUUGCUUUUUGAUGGUAAAUCCUAAUAAUGUUGUAAAAGAUUAUUUUUUUCAAAAUAAUAGGCAAGUUCAAAAAAUAACAAAAUAUAAAAAUGAUGAUAUAAAAAUAAUAAAUAAACAAGAUAUUGAAGAUUUGCUAAAUAUACAAAACAUUAAUAAUUGUGAUAAACAAACAUUUUUAUCCAACCAAAAUGUAGAACAUAAAAUUGACAAUUUAAUGUACGAAAAGCGAUUUUUAUCAUAUAUAUUAAAUGAAGAAAAUACAGCUAAAAAAGUUGAAAAUAUGAACAACUAUUUUAUUUAUGAACAUGUUAAUAUAAAAUGUGUAUUAAAAAAAGUUAAUGAAUGUAUUAAUUAUUGCUUACAAAAUCGUUUGUAUAAAUUUUUAGAAAAAUUUUUAAUAUGGAGAGCUCGAAUAUUUUAUCAUUUGAAUUUUUUUCAUGAAUGUUUAUCUGAUUCAUCAAAAGUGUCUUUAUUAAAUAUAUAUUCUAAGGCAUCAUUUACAGACGAUGAUAUAGACGAUUUAUAUUCCUGUUAUAAUAUGAGAACAUUAUGUUUAAAACAUUUAAAUGUUUUGCACACAACUGAUUUAUAUAUAGCUAAUUCUUUAAGAAAAAUAAAUAGCGAAAUGUUAAAUUUAAAAAAAAAAAAUAAAAUAAACAUCCUAGUUGACCAAAAAAAAGACAAAAAUCAAAAAAACGAAAAAUUAAUAAAUGAAAGAAAACAUACAUAUUCAUGGCAUCGAUCUUUUGAAGAUCAAAAUAUUAUGAAUUUUAUAAAGGCAAAUAAAAAAAAAAUACCAUUCAUAUUUUAA